GAAUACAUUUUUUUUCUUGUAUUUUUUUGCUAUAAGUCAGCGGUCUGUUGUAUUUGGAUAAGUAACCGAAAAUGGCUCGUUUUUUCAGAGAGCAGGACAUUGAUGGUAGUAUUUUGUGGUGUCUGGGAAAGAAAGAAACUUCUGUCUAAAGAAUGUAUUAUUGGUCCAUGAUGUGCUUUUCAAGUUCCAUCAUUUGUUUGUUGAUAGUCACUACGAGUCACAGUAGUGUCAUCUCUUCCACUGACUACCUAAAGAAUCACAAUGAAUCCAGAUUUCAUGAUACUUCUCACCUCUCCAGUAAGAAUCUCACAAAAUAUGGUCACGAUCGGCAUCAGGCAUCUGGAAGUUUUGAGAGCAUGUUGGGUGGCUCCUACCAGACAAAGUCAACAAAGAAAGGCCCACUUUCAUCUUUUGAAACACUGAGAACCAUAAAGUCCAGCAGUCAAAUGAAGCGGAAUACUCGAGCAGCAGCUGAUGACUUAAUUCUUCCUCUUCCAAAAAUGCAAAGAAGAAGCAGUCAUGCAGAUCAUGACCACUCAUCAAAACCAUUGACAUCGUCUUCCAAAGUGGAGAAACGAAAGACGAGUGCUCACAGUCAUAUGCAUCAUCAUCAUAAUGAUACUGAUGAUAGUGAAGAUCAUCAUGACAUAAGUGAUGAAGAUCACAAUAUAAAUGGUGAAACUCAUCAUCAUCAGGAUUCUCAUGAAAGAUCUCAUGCUAGUGAUAUUUCCGACAGUGAUGAAGAUCAUCAUCAUCAUUCUAGUGAAAUGUCAUCAUCUGAAAAUGAAGGUAACGAUGAAAAUUCUGUGAAAGAAGGAGGUCUUCCAGAUGGUCAUAGCAGUAAUCAUGAUGGUCAUUCUUGUGAUCAUCAUCAUGAGCAUGGAGAGGAGCAUUCUAGUGAUGUAGCACCAUCUGCUGAUUUUCAUCAACAUUUUGCUGCAUCGAGUCGAAACAUAUCAGGGAAAGAAUGGCUCUAUGCAUCUCUAGCAGUUAUAAUAAUCAGUCUUUGUGGCUUGUUCAGUGUCGCUGUCAUUCCCAUCAUGCAGAAGUGGUUUUAUCACACUUUGCUUCAGUUUCUAGUUGGAUUGGCUAUUGGAAGCUUGUCUGGAGAUGGUCUUCUGCACCUUAUGCCCCAUGCUAUACUUGAUGGUGAAGAUACACAUGACCACAGCAAGGAAAACAGUCAUCACCAUACGAAUGGGGUAUCAUUACAAUCCAUGGAAAAAACAGCCAUUUGGCGUGGUCUUGCUGCGCUUGGUGGCAUUUUUCUCUUUUUUAUAGCUGAACGCCUUCUAGGAGCUCUAACUACUUACAGGAGACGGAAAAAAGAAGCAAAGUUGUCCAGACAUCCUAAAAACAUGCUUCCUGUGUUACCAAAAGAAGAAGGUGCUAACAAUGGAAAUGUGGGUGAAAAACUUGCACAACCUAAGAAGAAUUCCUAUGAUCACAUUAAGGACAAAGAUGAAAAAGAAACAAUACAGAUGCUCCAAACUGAAGCAACACCUUCAAAGAAAGGCUCGAAUCAAUCAGUUCAUGAAAUUGGGUUCCACGGCCGAUCCAGCUUUAGCCUUGAGCCCGAGGUGAGCGUAGCUUAUAGACCAGAUUCUGAAAGUUCUGUCAUUGUGUCUGAACAUCAUGGCCAUGGGCAUGGUCAUAGUCAUGAAAUACCUCAAUCGGUAACCGCAGUAGCAUGGAUGGUCAUCAUGGGAGAUGGACUUCAUAACUUUUGUGAUGGCCUAGCAAUUGGUGCAGCAUUUGCAUCUGGAGAUGCAGAUGGUAUCAGCACAACUGUAGCUGUAUUUUGUCAUGAACUGCCUCAUGAACUUGGGGACUUUGCGAUGCUACUAAAAACAGGCAUGAAGGUCAAACAAGCCUUGUUUUAUAACGGUCUCUCUUCUGUUCUUUGUUUUGUGGGGAUGGUGAUAGGUGUUUCUUUAGGUAAUGUUCAUUCUGCAACUAGUUGGGUCUUUGCAGGCACUGCUGGAAUGUUCCUUUAUAUUGCACUUGUUGAUAUGCUACCGGAACUGACGUCGCCAACUAAUGAUCCGGGACCAGCUGCAUUAACCACUCUGCUUGUUCAAGUUUUGGGCAUAGCUAUUGGAAUUUGUGUCAUGCUUCUUAUUGCGCUCUAUGAACACGAACUGCAUUCUAUAGUCAGCUGAUAACAACAUGGAGGGACUAGUCAUUCGCAUUUUUUGCUUCUUUAUGGCUUCCUGCGGUGUUUGGCGUACAUAUCUUUCUCUAAGAAUGGUAAUGAAGUGCAGGAAUUGGGAUCAGUGCACUAAUUAUUUCAAGGAGAUGGCUUGCACCGAUGCUUUUCCAAUCAAAUGAAACUAACGUUGCCAUCUCGUCGAAGAAAAUACUCAGCUUGCCUACGAAACCUAGGCAGGUUUACCAUAUUUUCUCUUCUUGUUCUAUGCUGAGAUGGAGGUUCUUGGUGCUGCGUCGCCAUUUCUGGGAUUAAGGUAUUUUUUGACACACAGAUAUACAGUAUUAACGCUAUUUAACAAGGUACUUAAACUACCACGUGAUCACUAAAUAUGCAAGAUGUGACUGAGUUGAUCGUCUUAAGCAAGUUUUCCAUCUUGUUGACUGUUGAUAUAUGCCUGUUUUUUUGUAUUUCAUUGUUACAGAGAUCGUGUUGUAAAUAAAUGAAUUUGUCUUUUC